CAAUAGAAAACAAUGGAAUUUGCAUGAAAUUGUGCUAUUUAGUAUUACYAAAGUUUCACGGUUAUAUUGUUUGCACUCUACUAUAAAUUGCUAAGUUUUCUCAUUGAAUAAAUCAAGUAGAUGUAGAAAUAAAAGAACGUACAAGUUUGCAUUUUCAAACAUGCUAAAACGAUUUUUAAAACGCUAGUGUAUUUUUUGUUACAAGUUUUUGCUUCAACAUUCCCCCUGACGUUUUUCCGAUAUAGUUUCUUUGCAUACAACUGAUUGUCGAAGCCCAAAGUUUUCGGCUUGAUCAGUUUGUUUUCAUUUUUCUGCAGUAGUAAAUCUAGUUUACACGAAAUCAAUGAUCAAUGUCGACAAUACAUGAUAAAUCGACAAUUUUUUCCCUGAAUUGUUUUGCUCAAAAUAUGGGGGAAAACAAUUAGCUACAAUUAAAAAUGGAUUAACGCGCUUGAUGUCCUUGAAACAACUCUGCUUUAUAUCGUAUAGUUAAUAAUUCUCAUUGUUUAUCGCUUCGCUACACAAGCGUGAAAUUAUGAAUCAAAAAUGGCGGUCAUUCCUAGACAGGUAUUUAUACAGUUCGAGUUUCGCGCUUAUUCGUAGAAGACGGCGAAGAGCGAGGGCUGACAAAAUGGCUGGAGCCGUGUUCACUUAUGCAGUAGUUUUACUCCUAGCUGGAGUAGUAAAAGGAAUGCCUUCAGUAAAUCUUGAAGAGUUGGCACUUGUCAAUGAAUGCACCGAAUACAAAGAACUAUCUUCACCCGACCGGUCGGUCGACUACACCAACGACGCGAUCGAUAAGUGCGACGCUGAGUUAGCUCCAGGAUGGUAUCGAUUUACCAAAUCUGCUGRAUCCCACAUGGUGACACAGUGUGUCUCACAUCACCACUGCAGUGCGCUAUAUCCAGGAUGGCUGAAUGGUACGCACCCUGAGUUAUAUGAAGGAGUAGUUGGACGAACAGUGUGCUUUCAAAGCGACGAAAGCUGUUGCUAUGGUUCUAUGAAGGUCUUGGUUCGAAAUUGUGGUGAUUUUUUUGUGUAUCUGCUGUUUGGAGUUCCUUGUCCUUUUCGGUACUGUGGGAGUCACACACCUCGGGAAACGGCUCUACCGCCUCCAUUGAAACCCAUACAAAGUGCGCAAUCGACAGAAGCACCGACAGAAGCGCCAACAGAACCAACGACAGAACCGCCUGCAUUAACGACCACACCGAGUGCACAGUCGACAGAACCACCUCCAUUUCCAUCUCCAAAUACUAACAGAUCGUUACCGAGUACGCGUCCAACAACGUUACCAAUGUUUCCAUCAGCUUUCAAGUCACAUCGCAUUUCAGAUGAGUGCCAUGAUUACAGUCCGCUGACCGGUAAGAACAGAUCUGCAGCCUAUUACAAUCCGUUCUAUGCUACCGGCGAUUAUGAGCUUCCUACAGGCUGGUAUAGAUUCAUGGGCGAAGCUGGAACCAUGAUGCCAAACAGCUGUGUACCCAUAUUCCAUUGCGGCACACAUGCCCCUGGUUGGCUGCUCGGUGGACACCCAAACGACGCCACAAACCACAGCGUUCAUCGAACAGUAUGCUUCCACUGGAAGGACGAAUGUUGCUUCUUUAAAGUAGACAUCUUAGUUCGUCGAUGUGAGGGGUAUUUUGUUUACAAACUACAGCAAAAUGAAUUUAAGUACCUACGCUACUGUGGUAAUGGAAUUCCGUAGCGUUGAGGUAUAAUAAUGAUGACAACGGCCAAGGCUGUAUUGGUUUCACUUGCGCAUGCGCGUGACGUAGAAACGAAAAAAUAAAGCGUGCGCAUCAUUGCUAUAAAAAUAUAAAACUCGUUAACACUUGUCACUGCGCUUAUUAACAACGCUAUUUUUUCAUUUGGUGGCCUUAAAUGCUAUGAUUUUAUGAGAAGAAAAAGUAACAACUUGCGAUUUGUUUCGAUUCUGAUUGGCUAACAUCUUUCUUAGAUCAUCCUUCUGGAAGUGAGAACCGCUCGUCAUUAGUCUAAGCACAAGCCAAGCAAAAGAAACUCUUUCAGAUCCUUUCGAUUCCGACGUGCUUCCGACGUGCUUCCGACGCGCUUCCGACGCACUUCCGAGUCGGAUUAUGACUUUCUUUAUGGUUUUCACUUUGUCAUAAACUGCUUCCGACUCAAAUUCUUUCGCUAGUGAAAACCAACCUUAUUAAAUAUCCAAUUACUGAUUUCUUAAUUUGAGAGCGCAAAAGAAAAGGCAUUAAAAUUCAAUUUGCUCUAAAUAGGGGGAAAAUAGUGCAAUGUCUUCUAUUUUCUAUUGUGUCAUCCGUACAAGUACAAGAACUAGUACUAGUUAUAUAACUCAGUAAAGUUUCACGGAUAUUGGUUCUGAAUCUAGUUUUUUAGAGAAUUGGUUAUAGAUUUAAGAGUUAAAAGUGAAAAAGGUUCGUAAUCUUAAGAGUAAUUUAUGAAUGAAUAGAAAUGGUGGUUAAUGAAAUGUUGAAAUAAAGGUUGACUGAACAGGC